AAAAGUGGAUUACAAAGCAAAAUCCUUAGUCUACUAUUCCUGUGACCCAAUUUCAACUUUUUCGAUUGAUAUUUGACGGUUUUCAAGUAGAACAAUACAUAUUUUACUUCAAACAAACAUCAUAUUUGGAAUUCGCACAAAAAAAAUGAGUCGAUCGACUUAUGUCUGUUUCAAACUUGUUCUGCGACUUUUUUUUCUGAUCAAAUUUUCACCCUUGAAUCCCCUGAGAAAUGUGUGUAAAAAUGAAUUUAAUCAACACACCUAUUUUAUUAAUUGAUCACCUGCCUUUUUGUCUGAAAAUUUUUUUUAUAAUUUUAUAAUUUUAUAAUUUAUUUUCCACUGCCAAAAUGAUCUUUUUGAUUAAAUUCAUUUUUUCACAUAUCUCUGAAGAGGCCUCGGAGUGAAAAUUUGAUUAGAAAAAAAGUCGCAGAAAAGGUUUGAAAUGUACAUAAACUGACUCACGUUUUUGUGCUAAUUUCAAAUAUGAUACUUGGUUGAAGUACAGUGUGUAUUGUUCUGCUUGAAAACCGUCAAAUAUCAGUCGAAAAAGUUAAAAUUGAGUUACAUGAAUAGUAGAGUAAGGACUUUGUAAUGUGGUUCGCUUUGUCAGACUGCUUGAAAAGUUCUAUCCAUUACGCAAUGAAAUAUGUGUGGAGGAAGGUUUAUUAACACAAUAAUUAAACGACAAAUGAAAUGCAAAUGGAUAUUACAUAGUCAAAAUUUAAGCAAUGCAAGAUAUAUAUACGACCUAGUAGAUUCAAAACAUUAUUUUAAAUGAAUAGUUCUUUUAUGAAUAUGUAGCCUGAACGAGAAUCUAUUUGAAUAACUUUGAAUCACUCUUCAUCUUAAUUUGUUUUCUGUCAAACCAAUGAUCACAUUGCUGACUAGUAUCAAUAGUUAACUGUCCAUUUCGUUUAUCGGAAAUAUAGAUUCUGUUCACAACUAUGAUUCGAUCACAAGAACGCGUUUUUAGCAUGGUCUUUCAUUCUAUAUAUGAUUUAAAUAGAUUGGAGCUUGAAAAUCAAAAGUGACCGAAAUGCGCUCUCGUCCUUUUUUUAAAAUUAGGAGUAAGGGGAACUCGGGUUUCGGAUCCAAAAAAGUUUAAUCAACUGGGUCAGCGUCAGAAAAAAAAAUAUUCGAUCCGAAGGUCUCUACUCCAAAUAUUAUCUUCUUAUUAUUCAAUUAUUAAAAAUUCAUUAAUUACAAAUUCUGAUUCUAUUCAUAGUGCGAAUGUCCUACUGGAUUUAUAUUUAAACAUGGUGCUUGUGUUGAUGAUGAUGAAUGUCCAAGAGGAAGUUCAAUAUGUCCAAUAAAUUCAUUGUGUCGUAAUACUCCAGGAUCAUAUGUUUGUGAUUGUAUUUCUGGAUAUAAAAUGAUAGCUGAACGAGCUUUUUGUGAUGAUAUUAAUGAAUGUGAAAUUUCACCAAAUAUAUGCGAACAAAGAUGUAUUAAUGUUCAAGGUUCAUAUUAUUGCUUAUGUAAGGAAGGUUAUCGAUUAAAUAACGAUAAACAAACAUGUCGAGAUCUUGAUGAAUGUUCAAUGAUUGCAAAUUUAUGUCAAUAUCAUUGUGUUAAUACACCUGGAUCAUAUAAAUGUAUAUGUCCAUCAGGUUUUUCAGUUGAACGAGGACGUCAUUGUCAAGAUAUAGAUGAAUGUCAUCUUGGUACACAUAAUUGUCGUAUUGAUGAUAUUUGUGUUAAUCUUCGUGGUGAUUUUCGUUGUUAUUCUAUUGAUUGUCCACAAGGUUAUGAAAAACUUGGAAAUAAGUAA